CCCUCCCCCUCCCGCGCCUUUCCCCAAUCAUCGCCACCAGCUCCACCCCACUGCUCCUCCGGCUGGGGGGUGGGCUCCUCUUUAAAACCAGAAAAGAGCCACCCACCCCUUUCCCUCUUUGCCCCAGUCUGUUUGUGGCGCGUCCCCAGGGCGCGCCUCUCCUCUCCAAAGAUGCGCUUUUUGCGCUCGGGCGCUGCGCUCCUCUGGGCCCUUUUGGUGGGAGGCCUGGCCUUGGAGACGCCGGAAGGCAUGCUCCUGAAGUCCCUGGGGCUCAAGAAAAAGCCCAGCCCCAAGUCUCCGGCCCCCGUGCUCCCCCUGCUCUGGACGAUGUUCUACAGGAGGGCUUUCCCGGUGGCGACUCCUGAGGAACCCCCCGAUACCUGCUGGGUGGAGGAAUUCCACGUGCCUGGCAACAUUAUCCGGGUUUUCCCUGAUCAAGGUGGCUUCAUUCACCGAGAGGAGCCCCGGAGUUGGGUGUGCCUCCACAAGCGGCUCUAUUUCAACUUCUCGGCCCUGCGGAAAGCAGAAGUGCUGACCAUGGCCCAGCUCCAGAUCCGAUUCAACCAAAAUUCCUACCGCGCUCCCAGAUCGGGGCUGCCCUUUGAGCUGAGCCUCUACAGAGCUUCCCACAUGGCCCUGAGGGGCAUGUCGACACAUGCCUACAGCCGAAGCCUGCUGCUGGAGCAGUCUUUUGUGCACGUGCACAAGUCUUUCCUCUUUAACGUGACCGAGGUGGCCAAAGAUUGGCGGGCCGCCGGCAGAAACCUGGGCUUGAUCCUGGAAAUCGCCUCGCCCCAGGCCCCCGCGCUUUGCUCCAGUCUCGAUUCCUUCCUGGACGCUUCCCUGCUGGUGAUCUCCCUCGCCCCCAAACAAUGCAAAGGAAGCCGGAGCAAGCGCAGCUCCCAUUACGUGCCGGCCGGCCUCAGCAACAUCUGCAAGCCCCGCCGGCUGUACGUCAGCUUUAGCGACAUCGGCUGGGAGAACUGGAUCAUCGCUCCGCAGGGCUACAUGGCCAACUACUGUCUGGGGGAGUGCCCUUUCCCCUUGGCGGAAGAGCUCAACAGCACCAACCACGCCAUCCUGCAAACCAUGGUCCACUCCCUGGACCCUGAAGAGACCCCGCAGGCCUGCUGCGUCCCGGUCCGCCUCUCGCCCAUCUCCAUUUUGUACUACGACAACGACGACAACGUGGUGCUGCGGCAUUACGAGGACAUGGUGGUGGACGAGUGCGGCUGUCGCUGAGCUGGGCGUUCCCCUCCCCCUGUCCUCCUUCAGCUUCGAUAGCGGCUAACCACAGAUGCUGAUUUAUAAUCUUUGCACGGAUGAGAAUGCGGUAACGCCAGAGCUUUUUCUGUAGCGGGAGCUCCUUCGCACAUUAGGCUGCACCCCCCCCACCCCCGAUGCAGCCAGUCCUCCUGAAACUUACAGUGGGCCCUGUACGAAGAGCCCUGGAAGCUCUUGGAGGAUUGGCUGCAUCAGGGAGGUGUGGCCUAAUACGCAAAGGAGUUCCUGCUACAAAAAAAAAAAAGCCCUGGAUAAUGGUAGAACCUGGAGGAGGCAGGAUUUAUGGAAUGAGAGAACAUGGACUCAAUUGGAGAAUGUUGGCACGCUGGGCAGGAUUUAUGGAAUGAGAGAACAUGGACUCAACUGGAGAAUGUUGGCACGCUGGGCAUCUGACCUCAUCUUUGGUGCAUCAUAAAAAGGACCUUUUUGUGUCAUCUUUAGCCCAACGUUUGCUAUGUUUUCCUACCCAGAAAUGAAUAAUAUUUAUAGUACUGCUUGCUACAAUGAGGACUGGAGAAUUUGGCGCUGUGCUUUUUUCAUUGUCUUUCAGACGAAGACAUAAGACAAGGAACAUUAAUGCUUUUUAACAGUCUUUCCAAGUGUGCUUUUUUUUUUGUUUGUGAAGGGGAAUCUUCCUGUGUUAUUAAAAUUAAAAUUAAAAGUGAAAAAACAAA